AUGCCAUUCUCCACACCUCCCGCCGAUGAGAAUGACUUCAUUUCACAAAACCCCUCCCAACCCCCAAACGCUUCUGACUACAUACCAGCCUUCAAGACAUAUACCCUACCCCAUGAUGAACUUUAUGCUCUACCUUCUGCCGUGGAUUCAAACCUGCCUCAACCACUACUCGCCCCUCUACCCCCAGUUGUGAAUACAUCUCCACCUAAUCCGAACACAUGUCCAGUCAACGCUACUUCAUGUACCCUAACCUCCCCUAACGAAUUCUUCCUAGUACCGAACUCCACCGUGAACGAAGUUACCAAAUUCCUACUUAGUAGGGUGAGCUCACAAAUGGACCUAUCAAUUAUGCUCUUUAACGCCCGCUCACUGUUGCCAAAAAUCCAUACUCUACGUGCGAUUAUUGCUGUUGCGCAACCGAGUCUGAUUUGUGUGACCGAAACAUGGCUCUCGGUUGAUACUCCAGACACGGUGGUCUCAAUUCCUGGUUAUAAUCUUCACCGCUCUGACAGGAGGAACUCGAGAGGUGGAGGCUGUGCCAUCUACUCCAACACGGAACUUCGUGCAACCCCCCUUGAUGAUCCCAGCCUAGAAGGGAUUCCUGAAACUACCUGGAUCUCCAUAGAACAGACCAAGCGACCUGUACUAGUAGGCUGUAUCUAUCUACCACCGCCCCCCACCCCCGCUUCUAUAACUGACUUGUCCCGUAUUAUCUCCACUGCUCACGCCCUUCCUCAUUCAUCUAAAUUCGUGCUGGGAGACUUCAACCUACCGGAUAUUUCCUGGUCACCCACUCUGGGCCCUAGUCGUUACGCCUCACUGCUUGCCCAACUUAGUGUAGAGGGUUGGUCUCAGACUGUACGCAGCCCCACACGUGGCCAACACACCUUAGAUCUAAUAUUUUCAAAUGAGGGUCAUCUGGCUACGACUGCAGUUGGUCCAUGCUUUCCAGGUAGCGAUCACUGCGUUGUUUCAUGUAACGCAGCCAGGUUUAGUGAAACUGUUCCCCCGAGACCAUCUUUCUUUCACCUCCUGACACCGGACAUCUUGCUGGCUUUUUCGUCCCUGCUGGCCUCCCGGGACUGGAACGACUUCUUUCUCUCGUCAGACACACAACGGAUUUGUGAUAUCUUCUACCAAAACCUAUUGACCUCUCUCUACCUUGCCUCUCCCAUCAAGAGUUUUUACCCUGGUUCCUCUCGACAUGAUAAACUAUUGAAAGCCUUGGAAAAUAAAAUACGCCGAGCCGGCAGAGAAUAUCGGAAAUCUCGCGAUUUCUCAUUAAUACUUCUCAUCAACAAGCUUUCAACUGACCAAGAAUCCUUACGGGUAUCCCUCGAAUGCCGAGAAGAGAACACCGCUCUCAGGGGCCCUUCUAGCUGUAAAUUACUCGGCCGCCUAUUUCGUGGACGCUGUACCCCAAACUGUCACCAAGUCACAUGUCUGAGCUCCACCAAUGGUAGCUUCAUCACUCAUCCUAGAAUGUCAAAAUGUCCGCGAAAUGGCACUCUCGUAAUGGUUUCUGAUCAGGUGGCUGUUUAUCCCUUUGCCGAGCUUGGAAAUCGGUUCGCAAACGUUUCGUCACCAUUCGAGGAGACACCAUCAGUGCGAGACAUAAUUACCUGCGAAAUGAUGAUGUCUCCUCGUAUGGUGUCGAAACGUUUGCAAACCAAUUACCAAGCUCGACGAGCGGAUCAAGAGUCACCAGAUCAAAAACGAAUAAUAUCACCCCAGCAACCAAUAUUUUGGCACUCUGGCACGAUCGAGACCACGGGUCAACAUAACAGGCAGCCAACAAACAAUGCAAACCGAAAUUCAGGGGCAGAUGGUCCGCACACUUUCAAAUCUUGUGUUUACCUUGCGAUCUUAGUUCAUCCAAUGACCCGGUGCCUUGAUCGUCCUGCUAUUUUCAACCCUUCGGAAUCUUGGGUGUGGAAAUCAGGUGUUAAAGUGGAUUAUGCACCGGAAGAUACACUGAAAAGUGUCAUUUUUAGUGCUGCCGACUCAAGACAAGACAUACGGGCCCGGAGUUUUGCAGAUGCUACUUGUGUGAACGGUCAUCUGGAACCGCAAAGUCCUGGGCGCCGAGAAAAUCCCGAAGAUUUCAUGAAGGCGGAGGAAAGUUCGAGAAACGAAACAAAUAAACGACACAGCUUGCCUCACGCUCAUUCGCAAAACGUGGUGGGUGGCUUUUCUCCACCGACCCAAAUAUCUCCAUUGCAAGAUCCGGCCGGGGGUUUAUUGUGUGGACUGAUGCCAUGGAAAAAGUCCAUCAGCAACUCUAAGAUUGAAAUCGCUGAGCAGCAGCUAAAUUCGCAUUCACCUGCCAGUUCCGCCAGCAAUAUUGAGAAGCUACCUGCUCCGAACUCAUCAGUGUCACAAAAUGGUCUUCACAAUGAGGUUAGUGAUUUAGAGGAAUUCGAGCUGUUGGAAGAGAUCGCUGAAAAUUCAUCGUUCUCUAGUCUGACCACAUCGUUUAUAUCGAAGUUGGGUAAAAAUUCUCUGCGCGAUCGUCUCCAACGAGCAGAGGAACGGAUUGAAAAAAUGUCGCUUGUGGAUGGCUCGAUGGCCUUCAAUGGCAAUCGAAAUGCGGAUAUCCAAUACGAUCCUCCGGUUUUGCGAAGUCCUUUUUCUGUACCAGGGCUAUUUGUACUGUCGUGGAUAGCUAUGCCUUAUCGUGCUUACUUUGUUAGCCGAAACAGCGUCCAUCAGUCGGCCUUACAGUCUACACCUGAGCGCAAUAUUCUCUCUACUGCGAACAAACAUCGAUCGGAUUCAGGUAUUGGAAUUUUACGGUCUACCAGCGCGGAGCGUCCCACGGAUGGUAUCCUGGCGAAGGGUGGACCAAAGAAAGACAAGAAGGUAACCCGCUUUCAUCUCGUCCGUGAAGCAACCUCAACUUCUCGAGAGGAUGUGUCGUUAAAUGGUUCAGCACGUGAAGUGCAAGUUGGGGAGACUCCAGCCGAGCAGCAGUUGAAGAGAGACAAUACGCAUGGUUCCAUGGAGUUUGAUGACAUGAACAGCUGGAACUGCGAUGCCACAAAUGAAGUUCAACAUCACCAACGCUCACCAAUGAACGCCGGCUCUCCGCAAUUAGCAAACGGGACCACCGUCGAUGCUGAACGGUUUCCUCACGAAGCUAACAACAAGUCACCCUCUUCUGGGGGGCGGCUUGGUGAAACGUGUACGGCAACCAUUCCUUUGGUCAAACGUCAAUCGACAACUCACCGCUCACUUGGUGCUAGUUUACACUCGGGGUCCAAAUCACCAUCACCACAGAGACCAGCUGUGCCUUCUUACGAGACUGAGAUAAUCGCACUUGCAGACGAGUUUGUGGAAAAGUUGAAACGAGAUCCGCAGUCCGCCGUCGGUCGAACCUACGUGGAAUCUCAAGCUGCUAUCCGGCAGUGGAUAACUCGACUUGAAUCGGAGGUUAGACGAUUUAAAACGGAAAACACCAAUUUGCUUCGCCUGAAAGCAGAACGUGAAGAGAGUAUGAAGCGUCUGGAGUGUGAAACAAAGAAGUUUGAAGAAAUGAGAGAAAAGGAAAGGAAGCUGUUCAGUGACUAUAAGGAAAAUGAAAUGCGUAAGCUGAAAAAAGAACGUCGUGUUUUGGAUGAAUACCAGCGCGCACUCAAAUCUAUGCCAGCCAAAAAAGAACGUGAGGAAAUCGAGCGUCUCAGAGAUGAGCUCCAGGAAGCUCGAUCGGAUUUGAGUAGACGUGAAGUAAGAUGGCAUGCAGCUAUCGCUCGUUUGCGCUCACGAAUCGAGGAGCUGGAGGCUGAACGGGAUGAACUGAAAACUCGCGUCCAUCGUCUAGAGGGUGAUAGAAUCGAACUGCAGGCUCAGUUGAACACAUCUCGUAGCGCCAAUGGUUCGCUCGCAAGGACGCAGAUCCGUAGAACUGCGUCGUCUGUGGGUAUUUCGCGACAGUUAAGUUUUUGUAAUGGUGCUAACGCUCUUUCAUUAACACGUCUUGAAAGAAGACUGUGGAAGACUUUACUUAUCUCAAAGGGCCACUUUUGUUUCGUUUUCACUCAUCCAAUUUUCGUGAUGUUGAGCGGUCUCACCUUGCUGGAGCGAAUUUUCGGGGCGUUGAGUUUGAAUGCGGUGACUCAGUCCAUAAUCCUCAAAGGGAGUAGGACCACUUCAACUGAGACUUCUUCUCUUCCCGCGGUGAACAAGGCUGGCCGAUCAAAACGAGGGAAUCAACCUCUGGGCGGUUAUCGCUGGACAUCGCGAUCUGGGUCGCAUUCUGCUGGUCUCGAUACACUGGUGGGUGUAGGAACGAAACACCGAUCCUCGACUAUUGGCUCCGGCGUGGAUCGACCGCUUUCAGCUCGAGAUAGUGUUAGUAGUUCUGGUAGACCGUCAUCAUUAAUUACCCGACGUGCAACGUCGACCGAUGGCACUCGAGAAAGUGUCCACAGCGGUGGAUACUACACUGGCGAGGACGAUUGUCUCUCUUUGACAAGUGGAGGAAAUGCGGAUACCGAACGUCACGAUAAUAAGAGCGGCAUUGAUCUUGAUCAAAUCUCUCCUGCCACCGUACCCGUGCAACCGCAGUUGGACCGGUCAGCGUUAGGUCCUUCCAAACGCAGUGCUGCUGACGAAAAGUUACCCGUCCCUGGUACUGCUGCUUCUGGUGCCGUCGUUCGUUCAGUGAAACAUCCAGAUGGUUCGAGCGAGGAAACCUAUGCCAAUGGUGCUACUGUGAUAUCGUAUGCCAAUGGAUCCGUGAAGGAAGUGUUCCCUGAUCGGAAGACUGUCUUAGUAUCUCUGUUCAAUGGAGAUAUCAAACGAACUUUGCCAGAUGGGCGUGUGAUUUACCAUUAUGCUGGGGAUGGGACCGUCCAAAUAACAUAUCCAGACGGAGCAGAGGAGAUAAAUUAUGCCGAUGGUCGACAGGAGAUUAUUCAUCCGAAGUCCACACAGAAGUCACAGGGCGAGAAUGCGGUAAAACUAUCAGGUAGUGAACUAACCUCCCGACGUCUGCCCAAUGGGGAUCGAGAGAUUUCACUACCCAACGGCCAACGCGAGGUACACUCGGUUACGGGGAUCAAAUGUCGUAUCUAUCCAGACGGUACAACUAAAACCGUGUUCCCUGAUGGUCGUCACGAGACACGGUACUCUUCAGGACGCUUGCGUGUGAAGGACGCACAAGGUAAUCUGAUCCUUGACACGCGAUUGCCCGUAUCUGUCUUACCAUCUCAACCUUCGAUACAAUCCAGUAAUUCAAGCCCUCCACCCAAACCAACAGCGGACUCACGGAAAUCUUGAGAUUUCGCUCCUCUUUUGGACCGGUUCAUGUACAGUGUGCGCAAAUUUACUGCCAUCGUGAGUGGCUGUGAUCGUCCGUUGUCUGUAUUUGCCGUAUGAGAAAGAAAGUGACAUUCCUUCUGACCGAUGUAAAAAUGUACUAUGUCACAGACAACCAGCGAAACCGAUGAGAUAAUACUGUCUUCUUUUUCACUUUUUGUUGUUUUCUCUCUUAAUUUUUGCGUCAUUUCCGGUGCUCACACACAAGGUUAUCCUCUCCAGUAGAUUGGAUCUCACAAACAUCUACCCUUUGCUUGCAAGUGAACUCAGCUCGGCUCCGACAAAUUUCAUUCCCGUCCCUGUUUAUCAAACGGCUUCCCCAACCACGAUGUCAGAUAUGUUUACCGAGGCAUCUGAGACCGCCGCCGUGUACAUAUGUAAAGAAGACAAUUGACAUUUUGACCCGGACUACCAUCCUUUGGUAUAAGUUUACUGGUGUUCCUCGAAAAAUCCGUUUGAUAUUAAGAAGACUAGAUUUUUGUGUUUGGUUUGCUUUCGAUUUUGUGCUGAGUGAGAUAGUUUUAUGCUUCCUUUUUCAUAUUCACCCACCGACUGCAUUGAGCUGUACUUUUUGCUCACAUGCACAAACUCUCCUCGUCAUUGGGCUUUUGUUGACGGAAUAACACGGCGUACGCACGACCUUAUUCUUCUAUGCCUGUAACUUCAUCGAACCAACUACCUUUUAGUUCUCGUUGAUAUCCUCAGCGAGGAACACCGGGGGAAGGGGUAGGUAUCUCUUGGAAUGAGC